CGAUCUGCGUCUGUCCCGGAAGUGAUGUUGGGCAGUAUGCUUCAGCUUGGCAACUGAGAGGAGAGGCCUUGGGAGGACGAUUAAUUUUGCCCCGCUGGUUGUGGAGUUUAAGGGGCAGCGUCUGCUUUACCUCCGGCGCGUUUGGGCUGGACCAAAGAAGACACGAUGAAUGCAAUAACUUAACAUCUGCCUCCUGCCCCCUUGAGGGUAAAAAAUGAUGGAAAAACAACUAGAGGGAGGUAUAGGAAAUGGUAGGAAUGCCUCCCCAGUCCAGCCUUGCACAGAAGAGAUACAAGAAAAAAGGGGGACACGUGUAUCUAUGCAAGGAAAUUGCCUCUUCAAAAAAAAGAAUGUAAGACUUUAUUCAGAACAGAAUGGCACAGGGAUAUCAGAACAGGCACCAGGGUGGGUUGAGAGUCAAGCUUCAUUUGUGGAUAAACACAGUUGCUUCCCUCAUUUAAACAGAAGUGAAGGAGAACUAACACCUGAACAGUCUGGUAAUGAGGAGGAUAUAUGGACUAAGGAGUUCCUUACUGAAGAGAAAGCUGGAAAUAUUCUAGCACCUGAUUUGAAUGAGAUCUUUGACCAUCAGCCAAUGCCAGACACUGCAAGCCAUGGACCACCAUCACCCUUUGAGCUUAACUGUGGAUGCACUACUAACACAGAUCCGUCUGGUGGCACAUACUCAGACAUUGGUGAUCAUACUUGUAGACGAGGCUGCCACCAUUUCUCUCCAUACCUGCAGCGUCCAUUGGAUGAGGAAAGAGAGGAAGAUGGAGAAAAUGGAAAGCAAAUGGAAGCUGAUGAUGAUUCUUGGAAGGGAGCAAGUGGAAGGAGGGGGGGUCGUAGAGGAAAAGCCCGUCCUAACCUAAGAGGGGAAUUGAGAAGGGAUGGCCGACAACCACAGCACUCUAGUGGCAAGCACAAAUUGGGUAGAAAGAAAAGCCAUGGUGAGGGCAGACACCAGCUGAAGACUCUGGUACCUCAGCCCUUGAUCCUUCUCUCAACUUCCUGUGUCCAGUUAAUUAUUGAUUUUGUGCGGUUGAUUGGAAAGUAUGUAGAGAUGCUAGGCAUGCUUCUUUACACCAGGGUGCUGCUGCCAGCUCGUGACCUUAAUCUUUUGAAAAUUCAGCUACAGACUUUUGGUUUGUGGACAUAUCUUCGGGCAAAGGACUCUUGGCACCUCACUUGCUGUUUUGGAUUAUGGCUUUUGCGUGUUCUGAAAAUGUUAUGUGCUCUACUUUUCCUUCUUCUAAUGCUCACUGUGGGUUGUGUCCGGCUGUGUUGGCAAUACGUUAAAAGAACCGUGAGUAGAGUAGAUGGAGACAAUCGUUGGGGUUCUUGGAUCUCCAUACAGUUGCAUAGAAUUUGGGCCUUAUUAACACAAAACAGGACCUCUAGUCGUUUGUUCAGCCAGUUUGGGAAAUGGAAGUCAAGAUUGUGGAAGUUUAGGACACACAAAGAACCCUCGUGGAGUUCAGCAGGAUUUCCAAACUCAGGUCGUUAUCAGCCUGGAGAGGAAGUGGAACGGCUCUUGACUCUGGCUGACAUCCCGGAGGAGGAGUUAAAUCCAUUUCAGGUCUUGGAUGUAGAUGUGAAGGCAUCGGACACAGAGCUCAAGAAAGCAUAUCGUCAGCUGGCUGUAUUAGUUCAUCCAGACAAGAAUAACCACCCUCGAGCUGAAGAAGCAUUCAAGGUAUUACGUGCAGCAUGGGACACCGUGAGCAACCCUGAGAAACGCAAGGAAUAUGAAAUGAAAAAGAUGUCAGAAAGUGAGCUUGCCAAGUCAAUGAAUGAGUUCCUCACUAAGCUGCAGGAUGACCUGAAAGAGGCUAUGAACAGCAUGAUGUGUAGCAAGUGUCAGGGAAAACACAGGAGAUUUGAAAUGGACCGGGAUCCUGCAAAUGCACGCUACUGCGCAGACUGUGGAAAGAUGCACCCAGCAGAGGAGGGAGACUUUUGGGCAGAAUCCAGUAUGCUUGGACUGAAAAUAACAUACUUUGCCAUGAUGCAAGGGAAAGUCUUUGACAUAACGGAAUGGGCAGGAUGCCAGCGAGUUGGAAUUUCACCAGAUACUCACCGUGUCCCCUAUCACAUCUCAUUUGGCUCAAGGAAUCCCACCAACCCAGCACGACGAAGGGCUCCCUCAGAAAGCAGUCCGACCUCUGUUGCUGAUCUGCAAAACAUCUUGAACAGAAUAUUCCAAGGGUCUCCAGGUCAGAUGCCCAACAGAGAUAUUUUCAACACUUCACAGCAGCCCCCACAGGGAGCACAAUCCCCCUCUGGACCACCUAAACCAGAAAGUGCUCCCAGAAGUGACACAAAAUCCAAACGUAAGAAGAAAGUCAGACGUCCGCUGCAGAGAUGAACCAGGACCUUGGCUUUAAUCCAGUGAGUGGCAAGUGGGUGAGCUACGGAUGUCACUUCUGCAGCCUGCAUUCUGAUCGACCAGGGCUUAUUAAUCAAAUCUCUGCAGUUUUUUUCUUCUCCCCUCCUUCACUUGUUUCAAAUCAGAUUGCAAAAGGUUGGACUAAGCUACCAAGGGCUUAAAAAAACAAAACUGGUUGAGCCAGUCUUCUUUUAUUUGCGAUACACCUUGCUUCUGUGAGGGACCAGCAAAAUUUCUAUCUAAACCCCUAUAACGUGAAAAGGAGAAUAUUUCCUUGCUUUCUAUAUAGUCCUUAUAAUCUCUUCAUACCAAAGAUGUACACCUUUUCUGGAUCUGAAAAAAAAACCAAGCUUAUGCAUGUGAGAUAUGACCACCAACCAUCCCAGCCGGGGAUCAGAUGCAACCUUGAAUGUAAAAUUAACUUCUACAUGGACGCAUCGAUCGUUUGUUGUGGGCUUGUGCUGCUUGUGGGUUUCCAGCUAGAGUGCGACUGUCUUUACACUCAGUUUAUAUCCUGCUUUUUCUUUAAUGGAUAUCAUUGGUCACAGAAUUAAGGUGAAAGAAGCUGGCCUUUUUGCCCAAGCACAUAAUGUGAGGCAAUGUCUGUGUCAGAACAGGCGUGUUUCCUUAUCAGCCCUUCAGCAUUCCCUUUCUUUGCAGUUU